CUCUGGUGCAGAAGAACUGUGGUGAAGACCAACAACUCGUAUUUGGAAAGUGAGACCGUGGUGAGACCCACCCAUAGAACCCUCAAAUACCCGUGGGUAUUUUGUGGUCUUCUAGCAGAAGAUCGAUAUUUUUUGCGCGUUGACCAACCAAAGCCUUGAAGCUUGAAGCCUGAGUACUCGCCCGCAGUGAACAACAGUAGCUUCUACCGCUGUCUUAAUUCUAAAGCGGGCAGGUGUUUGGUAACUUUAUUUUCCCGUUGGUUUUAUUUUCGCACGAAUUUGCAAAAUCUUUGAUCUUGAUCUCUCUUUGCAUCGGGUUACUUGUUCCUUAUCUAAUCUACCCUUCUAAAGUUUCCCGCCUGGUGAUUGGUAGAUCGCGUAGGCCAAAUGUUCUAAGAAAACAGCGACUCCUACCGCCUGCCGAUUCUUUCAAAAUAACAUUAAAAAUGGCGGCCGACAUGGUCAACAUGUCAAUUUGUCGGCGUUUUGUUUGAAAGUAUGUAAAUUACGUUUAUUUCAAUGCAUCACGAAGUGAAUUCUAACCAAACAAGUUCGUUGAAACAAUAUUCAGACGAAUAAGAUGCACACUAUGGAUACAUCGGCACUUCACAGUGACGCUUGUCGCCUGUGCGAUGAAAAUAAAGAGAAAAUGCAUAGCAUUUUCUCGAAAAACGAGGAGGGACAACAAUUGCUGCAUCUCAUCAAAGAAUGUUUACCAGUUAUUAUAUACAGAACAGAUCCUUUAUCCAAGCAAAUAUGCCACGAUUGCUUCAGCAAGCUAGAAACGUUCUAUAAAUUCAAAAAAACCAGUUUAGCGACAGCCACCAGGCAUAAAAAGCAUCUCCUCAAUACCGAAAAUAACAGCAACAAACGUAUACAGUUGUAUCUGUCUUGCGAAGACACUGAAACGAAUCAAGUGAUAAAUUCGAACAACAUUCCUCAUUAUAGUAGCAUAGGUACAUCGACGGAUGAUCUUACAAUUUCGUGCAUCAACUGUAAGUCAACAUGUUUCGACUCAACCAUUAUUAAUAGUGAAGUUGAGUUAUGUGCAGAAUUACAUAAAGCUAUAGCAGACUCCUUGAGCAAUAAUAAAGUGAUCACUCAAGAUGCUGAAAAAAUGGGAAGGAGCCGGAGACGACGGAGUCAGGCUUUCUACCAUGAACUUGAUGAUUCACUGUGUAGUAGUCUGACCGAAUUUACCAACACAGAAAGUUCCCAGUGUUACGAAGAGGACCACAGUGAAGUGGAGUCAUACGAAUCUGAUAGUGAAGACACCCAAAGGGUAAAGAGACGCAAAUUAAAUAAUUCUAUAGUGUUAAAUGGUAGAGAGAAGAGGAAUACAGGUGAAAUCGAUUUGAAGGAAACAGAAGCGUUGCAGCAGUUAUAUCAUAAUGAAGCUGAAUUCAGGUAUUUUCCUCUAAGUUUAAUGGGUUUAGCCCUAAAUGUCAUAAAUAAACGCAUUGUCCCUGAACAUGAACCUGAUGACUUUUUUGAACAAGUUCAUGAACCUCAGUGUACAUACUGCAAACAAAAGUUCAAAAACACUAAACUAUUAUCUUUGCACGAAGUUGAACAUAUGAACAUUGAGUUAGGGGAAAAAGUAGAUAGUCCUGCUUUAUGGCAUGAUUCCAGAGAUGACGCCCAUAUCCGUAACAAAUGGCUGAACAGCUAUGAUGAGGUAGAGGAAGAAGAAGAAGAGGAAGAUGCAGAUGCAGAUGCAGACUUUACAGAAUGUGAAGUAGAUCAGUCAAGAAAUGACAGUCUACUAAUUCCAGUUGGUACUGAGGCUCCCCAAGAACAAAAGGUCGCUGGCGAAAUUAUUCUAGUUAAGGCAAAACCUGUAGUAAAUGGCUUAGCUCUGGCAGAAUAUUCCAAAGAGGAAAGGAAAGCGUUCUACAAGUCAAUGAAAAUAGGAGGUGUAAAUAAGAAAUUCUGCUCUCUUUGUCGAUAUAGUUUUAAAGAUAACUGGGCAAUUGAGUCUCAUUAUUUCUCAUUAGCAUGUUAUUAUACUUGUCGUUAUUGCGGAAUGCGUUUUAACAAGCAAAGGCACAGAUUUGACGAACACGUUAAAGAACAUGAGGAUCAGGGAGAUCCGUUAUCAACGAAGAUUUACGCUGCCAGUAAAUUAAACAAUUUUGUUCCGCGGGUGAUACAACCAGACAAAGUUAAAAAAAUUGUAGCACAGCAUGACCAGGAACAGAAACUUCCAUCGAUCAAAGUCAGAAAUUUCCAACGCAGAAGCCUACAGCCUGAUAUUAAGAUUAAAGAAGAAAAAAUGGACUCUGAUGAGGAGAAGCCAUCCCCAUCUCCGCAAAAAACUCCUCAGACAACAGCUAAAACCAGCAAUCAAGCCUAUUUUUGUAGGAAAUGUUAUAAAGUGUUCUUCAAAUUAGACGAAUUUAAUAUUCAUAGUAAGAACUGUGACUAUAAUCAAUUCCCUCAAAGUCGCAACAAUGCUAACAAUAAAUUCACCACUAGAUAUAAUUCUAAUGGAGAAAUGCUUUCAUCAAGUGGACGUCCCAUGAGGCACUGUGUGCGUGAAACUGGUACUUAUAGAGAUGAAGCUUACAUCCCUGACGGGGCAGCGAAAGAAACGGCUCAAAAUCAACAAAGUUUUGUCUGUUUUAUAUGCAACACACCUUUUCCAACCAUUUAUUCAAGAAAUAGUCACAUGAGGAUACAUAAAGGUGAAACAAACAAUGCUAAUAGGUCUCCUAUUGUUACGCAAAAACUCAAACAAAUUACAAACACAGAAAGAGUUCAGAGUUUCCCAGGUUACAUUAAGCAGGAGCCUCUGGAGCCCGAAAUUCAAAUUCACGAAUCUGAGCAAAAUUUCCACUCCAAUAAUUCUGUUGCUGCAGUUAGUAUUACUCCAAUAUCGAAGAAUCCAAACCAGAAAGCAACAAUUAAUCCAAACAUCAUGAAACUGGUCCAGAAUAAUCCGCACUUAACAAUAAGGGCUAACAGAUCGCCAGAGAGACAACCGGCCCCCUCGGUCAGCAACACACAGAACAGUUUAUCAGAUGCUGAUAAAUCUUACAAAUGCUCUAGCUGUUGGGAAGCUUUCUCUAACAAAUCACACUUAUAUUUUCACAAAAAGAACCAGUGUGAGGGUUCAAAAUAUCCUUGCCCAUUUUGUAAAAAACGCUUUGGUACAGAAGCAGCAUACAGUUCACAUAUAUUUUAUAGUCAUCCAGAGUAAAUUUUAACAUUUAUGCUUUCCACAGUGUGAAAGUAAAUUAGGAUUUGAUUAAGGGGUACCUAUCUUGGUCAUACUAUCCAUCGUUAUUUUAAGUACAGAUUUUAGAAAGAGAAAUUUUAUAUAUACACAACAAAAAUUGCCAUUAAUUUUUUUAUUUUUUUUUUUGUGAUAUAAAUACGUAAUGUAUAGUAGUAUAUGUACAUAAUUUUAUAUUUUAUACAUCUUUAAUUUACUUUUCAUUGUGUUGAAUAGCUUUGUUAAAAUUUAUUCUAUUUUAGGCAUUUCUAUUAUUUAUUUAUAAGAUGCAAAAUACUCACUAAAUGUUACAAAAUUUAUAAAAAUCUCGCCCUAGUAAUUAGUCAGACAUGAACAAAAAUUGACUUGGAUUUUAUUUUGAAAAGAUGAACAUUUGGUGUAAACUGAUUUCAGUAUUUAAACAACAAAGUUUAUUAAUUUCGUGUUUAGAUUAAGUCAUUUCCUACUAUGCUAAGCGUAAUUUUAAAUUUUUGUAAAAUUAGCAUAAAGUCGUAGUAUAUAUAAUGUAUGUAAAUAAUCAUGUAACAG